AAGUAACUUUCCAGCGUGCUGGUUGUGGAGAAAACUUCAACACAUCACCAGUGUGGAUUCUAAACCCCAAAGGCAACUAAAAAAAAUCUAAACGCUUUUUUUUUUUUUUUUUAAAUCUCAGGAUUUUAGGUUGUUCGCUGUCUUUGCAAGGCAGGGAGAGAUGCCUGUUUUAUGAUUUCUGAACCCUUUGGGCUGAUAAUAGUGCAGUGCAAUUUUCCGCAUCCCUUCUUUGUCCUCUUCCCCUGUAUUUCUCUUACUUCAUCUCUGAUAAACCAUGUGAGGACCUUUCCCUAGACCCUUCCCUCCUCCUGCCUGUCGCACUUUCUGUGACAUGGCGGCUGUGCUUUCUUGCACUUGUAAUGCCUCUAGGGAGUAGUAGCUGGCCAGAGGUUGUCUGCACAGUUGUAGGCACCUGUUCUUGCACCCUGCUUUCCUCUCAGUUCCUAGGAUCCACUUCUUUCCCUCCGCCAAGAAAAUCUUUUACUUUUUCUGGCUGUGAGGCUCUUUUCUUAAGCUCACUUCUUAUCUCCCCAGUCCUCUUGCAUGGUUCCUUUUCUCAUUGCUUGUUAAGAAGCCUGCCAUGCCUGCCACCUUGCCAGGCAGGAAAGGUCAAUUUAGGGCAAUCAGGGACCAAUGAGCACAUGAUUUUCCCAGCCCUUGCUCCCGGGCUACUGAAUUUAAGUGGGAAAGGUCAUCAGUCAUAAAGGGGGGAGGAAGCUGCUGGCUAGUUAAGAAGGUGAGAAAAACCAGUGGACGGUCAGCAAAGGUGGGGAGAGCCAUCCAUCGGGAAAGGCUGUUGGACAGUCAGAAAAGGCGGGAAAGGCCGUUGGUCUGUCAAAAAAGGCGGGAAAGGCCGUUGGUCAGUCAGAAAAGGUGGGAAAAGCCUCAAGUUGGUCAGGACCAGGAGGGAAAGCCAGUGAUUGGAGAGGGCAGGAAACACCUGUGGUCAGUCAGAAAAGGAGGGAAAAGCCGUUAGUCAGAAAAGGCAGGAAAAGCUGUUAAUUCUACACUGCUGCUCCUGCAGAGGCUCCACGCUCCUCCUGCUCCUGGGACUGAGGCAGGAGGAGACACCUUGAUAUUCAAUGCCCAUAUAACUGAUUUUAAUUGCACUGCUGAGAGCUUCGGGAUGUCUUCCUCCCUCGCCGGGAAGCAGGACUGGUCUGUGCUUAGCCUGUUGCACCAGCACAGGGCUUCCCUGGUGAGGGAACCUGGCCCCUCUAGUGACAGCUGCCAAAUCACCAGUACUGAAGUUCUUGAAGCAAUAGAAAAUGUUAUGCAGGAUAUAGUUACAAGUUUGGCCAGAAAUGAAGCACCUGUUCUCAUCCUGGAAAACAGAUCAGAUUGGGGAAAUAUACAGUUUACAGAGUCCAUAGGCCUACAAAUGAUAUCUCAUUGUACUACAAGAAAAAUAAGAAGUGACUGUCCUAAAUCAGCACCAAAAUUUGCUCUAAUUCUUAAAAUAUUAUCCAUGAUCUAUAAGAUGGUACAGAACAAUACUUAUGCAACUAAAAGAGAUAUAUAUUACAUGGAUCCCCAACUAUUUGGUAACCAGAGUAUUGUGGAUAAUAUAGUCAAUGACAUUUCCUGCAUGCUAAAGAUACCGAGAAGAAGUCUACAUAUAAUGUCUACAACUAAAGGUUGCAUUGCUGGUAACUUAAGUUAUACUGAGGAAGAUGGUACAAAAGUGAAUUGUACCUGCAGUGCAACAGCAGUCACUGUGCCGUCUAAUGUUCAAGGAAUUAGAAAUUUGAUCUCAGAUGCAAAAUUUAUACUAAUUGUAGAAAAAGAUGCCACUUUUCAGAGGCUCCUGGAUGAUGACUUCUGUAAUAAACUGUCCCCGUGCAUAAUGAUUACGGGAAAAGGAGUCCCAGAUCUGAACACAAGGCUUCUGGUCAGAAAGCUGUGGGAUACAUUUCAAACUCCCAUUUUCACUCUUAUGGAUGCAGAUCCACAUGGUAUAGAAAUAAUGUGCAUCUACAAGUAUGGAUCUGUGUCAAUGUCUUUUGAAGCCCACCGUCUCACAAUUCCAGCUAUAAGGUGGCUUGGUCUCCUUCCAUCUGAUGUUGAAAGAUUAAAUAUACGGAAAGAUGCUUUAAUUCCACUUACUAAACGAGAUCAAAAUAAACUAGACAGUAUGCAGAAGAGACCGUAUGUUGCUUGCCAACCGCAGUGGAAAAAAGAAAUGGAAAUUAUGGCAGCAUCUAAGAUGAAGGCUGAAAUUCAAGCUUUGACUUCUCUUUCAUCAGAUUAUCUAUCUAGAGUUUAUUUACCAAAUAAAUUGCGAUUUGGUGGAUGGAUCUGAUUAUUUGUUUGUAAACCAACUAUUUUCAAAAGUUGAUUUAUUUUGGAACUUACACAAAAGAUGGACAUUUGCAAUUUGGUGGCAAUCGUACUCAAAUCAGAAGAGAUUCAGCUCUUUGUUUACUUAAAGAUUGUUCCUUUUAUUUUUGUCUACUCUUUUGUAACCAUAAUUCUAACUCUAGAAGAGUUAUACUUAAAAUAGAUGUUGAAUUGAUUUAUUUUUUUGCUGAUUUUAGUGAAAUAAAGUUUCGUUUGUAGUUUAAAACUU